GCAGCGCGGCGCCGCCGCAGCGAUGUAGGCGCUGGGCGCUCCGCCCGGCCCGGGGACGGCGCUGCAGGUCGGGGCGCGGGCAGGACGCGGGUUGGGGUCCGGUCGGCGCCGUCCUUUCCGCCGGGCAUGUCCCUCGGCCGUGUCCUGGGUCCCCAGCGCCAUUUCCCGGGUCCCCACCGCCGUGUCCCCUCCGCCGUGCGUGUCCCCAGCGGGCGGGGGCGCCGCGGUGGCGGCCCGGCCCCGGCUGGCAGCGAGCGGGGCGCGGGGCUGGGAGCGGUGGGAGCAGGGACGGGGCUGGAUCGGGCCGGCCCCGUGCGGCUGCGGGGCCUCCAGGCGUGACACCGGGACGGCGGCAGAGGUGGCCGGGCUGACACCGGGAGGCUGCAGGAGCCGUACGGCGUGGUGGCACCGGGACGGCUCUGGCUGUCGCACCGUGACAGCACCAGUACCCGUGUGCGACCUGCACCGAGUGACGGGGGUGACACAGGCGGCGUGACACGGGGAUCGCUCUGGGACCCGCGCACCGGGCGCUGGCCAUGGAGCCGGGCACCAUCGACAACCUGUCCAUCCUGUACCAGAGCCCUGACUUCAUCGUGGUGAACAAGCACUGGGACAUCCGCAUCGACAGCAAGAUGUGGUACGAGACCCUGACCCUGCAGAGCCAGCUCAAGCACCGCUUCCCCGAGCUGGCCGACCCCGACACCUACUACGGCUUCAGGUUCUGCCACCAGCUGGACUUCUCCACCAGCGGGGCCCUCUGCGUGGCGCUCAACAAGGCCGCGGCAGGAAGCGCCUACAAGUGUUUUAAGGACCGGCUGGUGACCAAAGCCUAUCUCGCCCUGGUCAGGGGCCACGUCAGCCAGAGCCGCCUGACAAUCCGCUACGCCAUCGGGAAGAACACCACCGAGGGCAUGACCCACAUGAUGUGCAUCGAGGGGACGCAGGGCUGUGACAAUCCCAAACCUUGCCAGUCGGAGCUGGUCGUGCUUGAGCACGGGUCCUACAGCGGAGACCCCGUAACCAAAGUGCUGCUGCAGCCGCUGACAGGGCGGACUCAUCAGCUCCGGGUUCACUGCAGUGCCAUCGGCCACCCCAUCGUGGGGGACUUCACCUACAGCCACAGGAAGGACAGCAGUCCCUACAGGAUGAUGCUCCACGCCUACUACCUGCGCAUCCCCACCGGCAAGGAGCUCAUCGAGGUCUGUGCGCCCGACCCCUUCAUCACCACCAUGGACAGCAACUGGGUGCCCCACCACGUCACUCACCAGCUGGAUGAGGUCAUCCAGGAGCUGAAGGACAAAGUGGUGCAGAAGGUGGAAGAGGAGCAAAGCCAGGAAGCCGUGCUUGGUGGCAGAGAAGAAGAGGAGGCACGGAGCAAAGCCAGGAGCCCGGAGACGGAGGAGCAGCGAUCCCGGUGUGAGCAGUGGUUGGCUGAGUGGGCUUUGGAGUGAGUUCCCACCACAUCUCUGCAUUUCCAGCCCAAGGCUCCCAUUGUUGUCCCGGUGGGUCCCAGCAGAGCCCAGCGCUGACUCCACAUCUGCACUCCCCGUAGUCUGUGGCUUCCCUCACUUCUGGGGCUGGGAUUAGAGAGAUUUUAGCAGUGAUUAGGGUGAGUUUGGUUUUUAACGUACACAUCAUCCCUCUGGCCACUGGAUGCCCCUUUCCUGAUUCUGAGCCUCAGCAGCAGAGUCAGUGUGUCACAUACCAGCUUAGAGUGACCCCAAUGCUUUAUGUCCCUGCCCUGGGGGCCCAAGCACAGCCGGAGCAGCAGGGCCACUGCCUUUGCCAUGGGCACGAUGGAUAUAUCUGCAAACCCUCCCUGCAUCUUAGGAUGCUAAAAUGCAGCCCAGCAAAGGGAGGGGAGAACAUGCCGGGUGCAGCUUCUGUGCCCCUGCCCCCAAUUCCCUUCAUUCCAGCCUGCUGGAACACAUGUUGUGUGGGAGGUGGGAGAUCAGGAGGCUGAGGGGCAGCCUGGGGGGCACCAACAAAUCCCCCUCUGGUCCCAGGGUGGCCCCAUCUGUUUGAUGGGCCCAGGCAGGCCCUGCCUGCCACUGAGAACCUGCUGCCUGCCCAUCCCGGCCUGCCUCCAAGGACAAGCUGCCUGCCCAUCCCUGCCCACACAUUUUCCUUCCUGCUUCCACCCACGUGUGUCUUUUUAAAGGAGUGUUGAAGGUGAGCAAGUCGAUACACAUGGAUUUUAAACUAUUUUUUUUCGAAUUUCUAAGAGAAAAACCUCAUCAUUUAGUGGUUCUGAAGUACGGGUGGUCUCGGAGACACGUAUAUUUUUAGUGCUUGUGUGGUCAGAGAGCCAGCAGCCCAAAGCUUUUUUAAUAGAUCUCAUCAUUCCUUCUACUGGCAUUGCCUUUUCCUAGCACCCGCUUUUAUCCUGGCUGGGGAUGUAACCCUUGCUGAGACAGGUCAGAAGGCACAAGCUCCUUUCUGCUCUACCCAAAUGAGGAGCAAUAAGUAUCAUAUCUUGGUCCUGUAGCUCCUCACUGGCUGGUUGCUGUGGGGUGCCAGUGCUGGGGGCAGGUCCUUUGGGUGGGCAGUCUGGGAGGGCUCUGGAGCAGCAAGAGCAACCAAGGAAAGGGUUGGAGCUGAGAGAACAGCCGAGGCCUGAUACGAGGGGCAGGAAGGAGCUUGGCUCUCUGCAAGAAGAGUUUCUCUGGAGUUGCCCGUGCCGCUUCGCUCUCUCCUUCCCACCAUUUCCAGCCCAAGGAGGAUGUUUGGAGAACAAAGAGAGCAAGAGCAAGGCAGCAGGCAUGGGCUGGAGGGACAGGGAAGGCUGGAGCCCGUCACAUCCAGAGCACUGGUCCUUCAGCACCAAGCUGCCAAAUCAGCAGGUGCCCAGAGUUAUUGUCACCCUGCAUUCCUGUCCUGUUUAACGUGCCCCUGACAGCAGUUUCACGCAACUAAUAUUCCUGCCCCGAAGGGGAAUAAAGCAGCUCCGCCCUCUCCUUGGUGUGAGCGCACUGUGCGGGUCACUGAAACCCCACGGGGUGUUGCAUUUCCUGUCCCUUGUGUCCCUGGGUGCUGGCAGCUGCCAGCUCACCAUGUGGUGGCAUGUGGCUGGAGAUGAGGGGGCUGUCACCUUUGUUCCGUGUCUUGGCACCAAGUGCUGCUGUGACUGUGGGUUGGGGACAGGCACAAGGUGCAGGGCUCCGCAGGCACUGACUGGGGACUGUGGGCUCCUGAAAUGUUGUCACGGAGGGGUUGGAGGAGCAGGAGACCUGUCUCCUUCCUCCCAGGCCUCAUCCCUGCCCAUCCCAUCUCCCAGGAGUAGCUGGUAAGGGGAGGGGCAGCCACAGGCAGGUCUCAGAGCUGUAAGUUAAGACCAGGAACCUGUUUGUUGAAGAACGAGGUGACAUUCUCAGGAGGCCCAGAGGAGUUACGGGUGAGAUCUGCAGCAGCAGAGGCAGGACAUAGCCAUCCCUUCCCACAGCCUGUGGAGGGACUGUCCCCACUGUGUGACAGGGAUGAUUCUUCCCUCAGCUGCAGGGCUGGUGGUCACUAGGGGUGACGCGAGGGGACACGUGGUGCCCACACACAGGGGGAAGUGAUGGACUGUCACUGCCAGGGGCUGGCACCCUGAGGAGCCCCCGCACCACCCAACAACCUCCUGCAUUGCACCUUUACCUGACAUUGCAGCAACCAGAGAUAAAUCUGCUUUCCUUGCCCUGCAGAGGGACGUUUUCCGCUUUCCAGCCCUGCUCCCUCGUCGCUGCCGCGGGGCCGUUCUCUGCACCGUCCACGAAUCCACCGGUGUGUUGGGAACGGGGGGUCGUGAUCAGGUGUGUGGCUCGUGACAUCCUGCCCAGCUUGCUGUAACCCUUGUUCCUCGUUGCACGUUGCUGUAAUAAACCAUUCCCUGCGUACCCUGCA